GCACGGGAUGCGUUCUAUGCAUGCGUGGAGUCAGCAGCACCAGCUGCAGACGCAGAGGCUGCAGCUGCUGCUGCCCCACGCGAGCAACCAGGAGAAGCAGCAGCAGCAGCAGCAGCAGCAGGAGCAGGAGGAAGAGGGGGCAGCAGGGCCAACAGCGCACUACCGCCAUCAUCCACAUCACCCCCAUUGCCCUCCUUACGGCGAUCGCAGUCAAAGGCACUGGAAUAUCCGCCUUGCUGUCAGCCCGCUCGUUCUCUUUACGAGAAGUCCUGCCGUCCCGCAUGG